GUGCGCAGCGCCAGUUCGUCCUCAGUGCAGGGCAACGCGGAGGGUGCGUGUGUCUGUCUGUCUUCGGUCGCGGUCUCUUGUCUGCCGUCUCCAGCGGCGCUCACCGUCGGAGAAGAGAGUGAACUCUGCCAACCCACCCCGCCACCAGCAUUAACACCGGGUUAAGGGCUACAAUGGAGGCUGUUGUUCGCCGUUGCCCAUUCCUUUCACGAGUGUCUCAGACUUUUCUUCAAAAUGCUGGCAAGUCACUGAUCUAUUAUGCACGACAUUGCCCUGUGAUGAUGAUGAGGGCGGGAGUCAAGCCUGAAGUGCGUACCGUAGCAACCUCAGCUGCUCACUGUCAACAGACCAAAGAAACAACACCAGUGAAUGAAAAACCUAGUAGUUCGACUCCAGCUCCAAGUGCCGCCGGACCCCAGCUUCCACCGGGGCACCCAGUCCCUAGUGCUGGACAGGCUGCCGCUUCUAAAUGUCCAUUCCUUGCUGCUGAGAUGAGCCAUGGCAAGAGCAGUGUUGUUCGCAAGGCCAGUGAAGAACUUUCUGAGGAUGUGCAACAAAUGCACACAAUGAGAGAGGAAUUGUCUGUUAAUCCAACUGCAGACAACAUUAAAACAGCCAAUGGACAUGAUAAAGAUGGCCUAUUGAAAACUCUGCAUGGGACGGUGAAGCAAAAGCCUGCAGUUUCUCAUCUCCUUCAGGACAAUAUACCAAAAUCAGUUCCAGCUUUCAAAUAUGAUGGAUUCUUUGAAAAGAAGAUUGAUGAGAAGAAAACUGAUCACACUUACCGUGUUUUCAAAACGGUGAAUCGUCGGGCUGACGUUUUUCCAAUGGCAGAUGACUACUCUGAUUCCGUGAGCGUCAAGAAAGAAGUUUUUGUUUGGUGCAGCAACGAUUACCUUGGAAUGAGCCGCCAUCAACGUGUUGUAGGGUCCAUAAUGGAUACCCUUCGGUGCCACGGUGCUGGAGCUGGUGGAACCAGAAACAUUUCAGGAACGAGCAAGUUCCAUGUUGAUUUGGAAACUGAAUUAGCUGAUCUCCAUGGCAAAGAUGCAGCACUGCUGUUUUCAUCAUGCUUUGUAGCAAAUGACUCUACCCUUUUUACAUUGGCCAAAAUGCUUCCAGGAUGUGAAAUCUACUCUGACGCUGGAAACCAUGCUUCCAUGAUUCAAGGAAUCCGGAACAGCAGAGCUCCAAAAUUUAUAUUUCGCCACAAUGACGUUAAUCAUCUGCGGGAACUACUGAAGAAGUCAAACCCAGCCACCCCAAAGAUUGUAGCUUUUGAAACCGUCCAUUCAAUGGAUGGUGCAGUCUGUCCAUUAGAGGAGAUGUGUGAUGUAGCACAUGAAUAUGGUGCAAUAACUUUUGUUGAUGAAGUCCAUGCAGUUGGUCUAUAUGGUCCACGUGGUGGAGGGAUUGGCGAUCGUGAUGGUGUCAUGCAUAAAAUGGAUAUAAUAUCUGGAACAUUGGGAAAAGCGUUUGGUUGUGUGGGAGGCUACAUUGCCAGUACUGCAUCUCUUGUAGACACUGUCCGGUCCUAUGCUGCUGGCUUCAUCUUUACUACCUCACUUCCGCCAAUGUUACUGUCUGGUGCUUUGCAGUCUGUUCAAGUCUUGAAAAGCGAGGAGGGAAGAGCACUACGCCGUCGGCAUCAACGAAAUGUAAAACACAUGCGUCAGUUACUUAUGGAUGCUGGUUUACCUGUGGUCCACUGCCCGAGUCACAUCAUCCCAGUCAGAGUUGCAGAUGCUGCUAAAAACACUCAGAUCUGCGAUGAACUGCUGAGUAGAUACAACAUUUACGUACAAGCUAUCAACUACCCCACUGUUGCGCGUGGUGAAGAGCUCCUGCGUAUUGCCCCAACUCCUCAUCACACUCCUCAGAUGAUGAAUUAUUUUGUUGAAAAACUGUUGCUUACGUGGAAGGAGGUUGGAUUGGAGUUGAAGUCCCACUCCUCAGCUGAAUGUAACUUCUGCCGAAGACCCCUCCACUUUGAGGUGAUGAGUGAAAGGGAAAGAUCCUACUUCAGUGGAAUGAGUAAUCUGAUAACUGUGAAUGCCUAACAUGGAUCUGUCUCAGUUUGGACUGUCCAUGUGUUAGAAUUUACUGUUGAAACCAUAUUGUAUGUUUUUAUAGAAACUAACUACAUAUUUAAUAAGAUUAUUUCUGUAGUACAUAAAAAUCUAAAUUUAAAAAAA